CCUAACAUUUUUUGUAAAUCUGGCACGGACUAUUUGAAAACAAAUAUGGCCGCUUUCUGCAGAUAAUCAUAUUGAUGGUUUUUCUGUCUUCGCACUUAAUUCUAUUUUCCAAAGUUAGCAUAGGCUGAAAUUAUAAAAAACACAGAGCUGAAACUGGCUGAAAACAAUCAAGAUUCAGCCACUCCAAUGGCUAACCAGGGUUCAGGGCCAGACAAUAUGGCCAAGUUCCAAACAGCCUUAGAUGAAUGGAAUAAUAGGAACAGUGGGGCAGGCACCUUUGAUCCUGUACCAUGUUUGAACAAGUUAUCUGAACUGUUGGAACAAGAAACAGAAGAGUUUUAUAAAAUGGACCCGGAUCCACUUGACGAUAGACCACCAGGUCGUCAGAUAGCAGCAUGUGGUCUUGGGCAGAUGAUGAAAGUUAUUUUCAAGAAUGAUGAUUUCAUGAACACGAUUGUUGGGACAUACAUUCUACGAGGAAGGUUUGAAGACGGAGGGGUACUGUUUACAGCAGCAUGCAGAGUAUUGUUAAAUCUUUUACCUGGUUUGGAAACAAGUGUUCCUUUUAGAGAGACAGAAGGAGUAGUGGAAAGGCUCUAUUACUGGGCUGAGUUUGCAGAAGAACCUCUGAGGUCUUAUGCUACAGGUUUACUGAGUGGAGCUAUGGAACUGAAUGAUGUUGCAGUGAAGUUUAGGGAGGAGAGUUUGCAUUUGGUUCCGAUUAUGUUAGAUCGACUUCAUGCACUUAUUAAACAAGAGAAAGAACAGAAAGAGCAAGAAGGAAAUGGUCCUAGUACUGACUCUGCUGAUGGAGAAAAUAAAGAUCCGGGAAAACGCUACUUUUCUCUGGUGUCAAGUGAUGGAUCAAAAUCACCAGUUUCAUCCAUUAAAGGUUCCAGUACGCCGCCAUCUUCAGACAGGGGAGACUAUAGAGGCAGUCUUAAAAGGGCUUUGUCUCCCAGUCACAGCAGGGGUGACUUCUAUCCUUUUAAAAAGUUGAGAUCUAACUCAGAGGGAUCCUCAUUUUUUGAGAAUGAUCAUAGCAAUAGCAGUUGGGCAGAAAUGAGACCACUUGUAAUUGGGUCUUAUUCGUUGGUGCCUCUUACUAUACCUAUGAAGCAACGACUAAUUCUGCAGUAUCUUACUCCCCUGGGAGAUUAUCAUGAACUUCUCAGCCCAAUUCUUGAACACAAUGCCAUGACUCUGAUUUUUCAUUACAUCAACUUAAAUGAAAAUAAAGAUAUAAGGCUUGCAUUUGAUGCCCUGAGGUUUCUGUCAGUCAUCCUGUGCCACAAGAAAUUUGCAGCUGAGUUCAUAACCAAGGGAGGAGUACAAAAGCUGCUGGAAAUACACAGACCAUCUAUAGCUGCGACUGGUGUCUCACUCUGUUUUUACUACAUAACUUACUUUGAGGAUGCCACAGAAAGGAUGUGCAUGCUACCUGAGAGUGUACUAUCCGAUGUUGUCUCAUAUAAUCUCUGGUUGAUGGAGUGCUCUCAUGAUUCAAGUCGAUGCCAUGCCUGUCUCUUCUUUUCUCAGUCAUUUCCGUACAAAAUCAUCCUCAAUCUGUUUGACCAGAAGGAUGGCCUGAGACGCCUAAUUAAUGUUAUCAGUACUCUAAGUCUCUUAAACACUGAUGGCCAAGGCAAUGAGACAGAUGAUGAACUUCAUCAAAUGCGACAAGCUGCCCGUCUUGUUUGUGAUGCACUGCGCAAGUACUUUGAAGUACAUAUUACACUGAAGGCUGAUGAAUUGCGAUGCCUUCAUCAUCAUGAUGGCAGCAACUCAUCUUUGAAGGAAAGCAAGUCUGUCAAAGGCAGUAAAUUUACAAUGGAAGAAAACAUGGAUAUCCUUCUUGAGUAUCUUCCCCCAAAAUCUAACUGGCUACCAGAGAUCAAUAUCCACAAGCUUUCUGGGCUCAACAUUCUCUGUCAACUUAUUGCUCUAUCACCAGAGUGGGAUGUGUAUCAAGGAAAGAGUGAAACUCUAGUAGCAGCUUUAGAUGUUCUAGCCAUGUGUUCUGUCUCUCACAGAACACAAAUGCUGUUGUGUGGUAAUGUUGAUCUGCCAGAUCACAUGACUUCACCAAUACUAAGUGUGAUAAUUGGGUUGAUUGAGGGAGAAGUGAUAAAUGAUCCAGAGAUCACCAAAGCUGCUUUAAGAGUGCUGGUCAACUGUGUGUGUGGACCUGUUGAAAGAUUUGGAAGUGGUGUUGUCCGAUACCACGGCAACCGUAAGAAAGCUCAUGGUGAUGAUGAUAUUCUCUCAUGGAUGUGGCAUAAUAUUCGUACCAACAAUGGAAUUAUGGUUUUGUUGAAAACCUUGAAUGUCAAGACACCUCUGAUAGAUGCAGACCAGUUGAGGAUGCUUGCUUGCAAAGCUCUAGUGGGCAUGGCAAGAUCAGAGACAAUCAGGCAAAUUAUUGGAAAACUGCCUCCAUUAAAUAAUGGACAUUUACAAAGCUUAAUGAAGGAGCCAGUGCUGUCUGACAGGCGCCAUAUCCAUCACCAGUUCUGUAGAUAUGCCUCAACACUUUUAGAGAAAAUUGCUGGUAGACAAGCCAAUGUUUUAGGGGCUUCCACCUUAGAAGAGAUUAGAAAAGCUGGUGUUGUUGCACAAACAAAAAUUGUAUACCAGGAAAAAGAACUACUGCAGCUUAUUCAUGAGCAUCUUUCAUCUAAAGGUCUUCACGAAGCAGCAUCAGCUUUACAAAAAGAAGCAAAUCUUCCUCGUUGUUCCACACCUCCACCACAUCAUGCCACUGGCCUGCAUUUAUAUUCACCAAAUACUCCGAAAAUUGGUAGGCAGCUUAGUCACCCAACUUCUUCUAAUUUGGUUAGUCAAACUAAUAGAGAAAUAUUUUCAACCCCAACUACAGCAUUAUCAAACUCAGUGGCUGCAGAAAAAGCACUGACCCCAGUUGUUGGCCCAUCUACCUCAGCGAUAAAAACUCCAGGUCCAUCUGCAACAACGUCGGCCUGUAGCACACCAGGUCCCAUGAAGUUUACACUAAGCAAAACACCUUCAUCACAUCAACCUACUCCGCUUCAGAAAUCUAAAAGACGAUUCUUGAAAGAAAGAGAAGGGUUUAGUGUACCAGCAGUGAAUUCAGGGAGAUUGAAAGGCAAACAGGCUAGUGAUUAUGAUGUGUCCCUGGAUAAAAUUGUCACAGAAUAUUUACGGAAACAACACGCCCUCUGUCCCCAGCCAAUUUCCACUUGCCCUACCAUGUCUUUAUUUAUGCCCCACAGAUGUCCAGAACCCUUAGGCAAAACAAGUGCUGCAUUCUCUAUAACAUCCAGACUGUUUGACAGACAGAUCAAACCACCUUUUGGAGGCUCAAAGGGGCAGUUCCUUGACAGGAGGUUUAUUCACAGCAAACUUUGUCCUUUGACAAGCUUUAGAGAUGGAAGUGAGGACGGACUUGCAUGCUGUGCUUUUGAUUGUGGUGCAGAUAACAUAUUCAUUGGUUCAUUUUCUGGGGAUCUGAAAGUCAUGAAUAUUGCCUCCAGUGGUACUGACUUUUAUAGCACUGUGUGUCAUUCAUCUCCAAUUAUUCAUAUAACUACUUCUAAAGUGAACCCAGAUAUUCUGUUCACAAGUACUUGGGGUGCGUCACAAAACUGUGCCCUCUGGGGAUUCAGUCGUAACAACCCUGAUGUUACUUUAAAAUACCGGUUUGAUGAACACACUGCCAAUUUGGCCAAUCUGAAUGCAGAUCGUUUCAUAGCUACUAAAGAAAUGGUGGCUAAAAUUUAUGACACUUCAACAGGAUCAGUAGUUCAGACAUUUUAUGAUGAAAGUAAAGCAAAUAAUUAUAAAUACAAUGAGGCCACAUUUAACCCCACUGAUGACAUGGUGCUCAAUGAUGGCAAUCUUUGGGAUGUUCGCUCUGGAAAAAUGAUUUACAAAUUUGACAAGUUCAACCAGUAUACCAGUGGUUGCUUUCAUCCGCGAGGUCUUGAAGUUGUCAUAAAUUCUGAAAUUUGGGAUAUUAGGACUUUUCGUCUCAUUCAUACUGUACCAGCCUUGGAUCAGUGUCAGAUUAUAUUUAACCACAAUGGAGAUGUUAUUUAUGCUAUUAGAGUGGAUGAUGAAAACUCUGGGGACAUGUUGACAAGAAGAGAUUAUUCUUCAACUUUACGAACAUUUGAUGCCAUUGACUACAGUAAUAUGGGUACUUUUGAUCUGAAAACAAAUAGCAUUUUUGAUUUUGCUAUAGACAGAAAUGAUCUUCUAAUUGGUGUAAUAGAGAAUACUUCACACAGUGAAACUGAAUCAGAAGAAGCAUUCUGUCGUAUUUAUGAGCUGGGCAAGAACAGAGAGCCGGAAGAUCAGGUGGAAGAUGAUGAUGAUAAUGCCCAAAAUGAUGACCAAGACGACUAUGAUGAUGAAGAUGAUGACGAUGAUCCCGACCAAGAUGAUGAAGAUUCAGUUUUAGAAUUUGUGGAUGCUUCUUCAGAUCCCGGAUCAGAUACCAGUGAUGAUGGAGAUGAAAUCCAUGAAGAAAAUGGAAUGGAAGUUGUGGAGCUGAGCCCUGGUAGCAGUGAUGACAAUGCCGGUGAUGAUGACGAUGAUGACGACGACCCCGGGGAACUUGAUGAUUUAUUAUUUGAACUUGUCUGAUUGAUUUGAAAUUAGUCAACAUUUUUAUAAUGCAACCCAUUUCCAGUGUCAAAAAUAAAUAGGUGUUUAGGAACCAAAACAAAAAAUAUUUCAUACAAAUUUUUGUAUAAGGGGGAAAAAUAUUUGUUCCCCUUGCACUUGCUUUAGAAUAAGUAAUACAAUAUAUUGCACAUUUGUUUUUAAAAUGUAAACUCACUGCAAAACAUUAUCACAGUUGAUUGCCCUUCUCAUCCAAAGUAAUACUAAUACUACAUCUACUUUUUGACUAAAUUAAAUAUUGGCACUCUUCCUAAUUUUAUUUUCAAACACGCUUUACUUUAAAUAUAAUAAAUUGUAAAUACUGAUCUAAUUGUUAGCAUAAAUUGUACGUUAUUUAUCUGUGGUCUUAUUUGUUGAGAUUGCAUAAAGGAGUGAAUAAAAUACCAAUGUGAAAAAUAAUUCAGCAUUUAAAAAAAAAAACACUCAGGCUGUCUUGUAAGAGCUGUUAUAAUAGCUUAUACACUGAAAAUUAACUAUAGAAAAUUAUCCCUGUAAUCUGUGUUAUGUGGGCAUGUUAAUUGUAUCUACUUGUGCUGUUCUUGUCAACAUGUAUAUUUACCUCAUUGCUCACUGCUGGGAAGGAAUUGUCUAAUGUUUUUAGUAAUUAAAUUAACUUUUAGGUCAUCAAAUCACUUUCAGAACGAUACAAGUUUGUCUCCCAAGUAGUUUAAAUACUUGAAUUAUAGCAAAAGUAUGUUUUAGUGGUAAUUAGUUCAAAACUGCAGUUUACAUGAUGCAACCCUGAACCAUUGAUGUAAAACAUUUUUUUUUCUGUAACUUCAGCGAUGCAUUUUAAUUGAAAAAUAUAAUGCCAAAACUUGCUGUGUGAAUUGUGAAGAUCUAAAAUAUGAUUGGCAAUAUUUUUUGAGAAAUAAAGUAUUUUAAUUUAA